AUGACAGACUCCAAAAACGUACUAUCCGUGGAGGUGCCAGAGGGGAAGUUAAUCAAGAAGGGUUCCAUCAAGAAGAAGAUCGAAUCAUUAAGGCGAUGGAGUUCAUCUAGUAUGAAGAGGCCUCCAAAGCCUAAGGCCAAGACCUUGAGUCUCUCCUCCCCCGUGGGAGACCCCGAUGACGUCUGGCUGCCAGAGGGAGACAAAAGGAAGCUGCGACCCAUCGUCGACUCAGUCUUCGGCCAGGGGGAGUCGCCCAUUGGACAAAGCGGCGCCCCAUUGGCUGCCGCCAUGCUGGGGGGCCUGGGGGGUGCAGGUGAGGUAGACACGGAUGACGAGGAUGAAGGAGGGAGCGAGCGGGACUUUGAUGAGCCCCUGUGCGCUCUGCUUAAGAACUGCAACAUGCUGCACCACUUAGUUGGGCCUGCUUGUAUCUUCCUCAGACAGAGCUUCGCACAGAGCCAGCUUGACAGAGAUCUACGACCAGAGGAAAUGGAAGAGCUGCGUGAGGCAUUCAGGGAGUUUGACAAAGACAAGGAUGGCUUCAUCAGCUGUAAGGACCUGGGCGAGUGCAUGAGGACUAUGGGAUACAUGCCGACAGAGAUGGAACUGAUAGAACUCAGCCAGCAGAUCUGUGGCGGCAAAGUGGACUUUGAGGACUUUGUGGAACUGAUGGGUCCCAAAAUGCUCGCUGAGACUGCAGACAUGAUUGGAGUCAAGGAGCUGAGGGACGCCUUCAAAGAGUUUGACUCUGAUGGCGAUGGCCAGAUCAGCCUUGGGGAGCUGAGGGAAGCCAUGAAGAAACUAAUGGGGGAGCAGCUAAACCACCGCGAGAUAGACGAGAUCUUGCGAGACAUUGACCUCAACGGGGACGGACAGGUGGACUUUGAAGAGUUUGUGCGAAUGAUGUCUCGCUGACUCUAUUGCACUAAACAGAACAUGGACCAGGCUGCACACUGUUAAUGUUCUUGUAAUUCUUCUAAUCUUGAUGUACACAGACUUAUUGGUGUCUGUCGUUUUUUUUCAGUUUUCAGUUACUUCCAUCAUCUCUCAAGUAUAAGAGAAUCCCUUCAAUGUGUUA